AUUGAAUUUCAAUUUGCGUUUUGGAGAAAAGGGAAAUUGAGGAGCGAUAGAAAUGCUCGAUGGAUGGGAAGCCUAACCCGGAUUCCUCUUCCCCGAACUUCCUCCGCCACGUUCAAGCCGCCUUGAAACGACACCGUCCUCUCGGUACAAUGCAGUCCAAUUCCAUAAGGCCAAGACGCACUCUUCUUCCUCAACGAAGGGUUUCCAAUCCCACUGAAUCCAACAACUCUCUAGAAAUUUCAUCUAAGGACUCAAUUUCAGUUCACAGCAACGUCGCUGUUUCUUCUCAAAACCUAGAAGCUCAGAAGAAAGUUCACUUUUCAAUUCAAACCAACAUUGCUCCGCAGGAAAUGGAUUGGGUUGAAGGCAACCAACUCGAAGCGUCGUCGUCGCUUGGAUUCAACCAAGACUCGAAGCAACAAAAUGUUCAGCAGGCAGAGUUUGAUGCCAGUUUGAGAUCUGAUGGUGGAGUAAGUUCUGUUUUGCCGAAGGGAACUGUGGUUAUGCAGGAUCAUCUGCAGCAAUUCAGAAGUUUUUUGAGUCAGCCAGCGACGCAAUCUUCGGUUAUGGGACCUUCUUGUGCUACAACUACCUCGGUUCAUUCAACUUCAGCUCCCAUGUUAAAUUCAACCACCCGUUAUUCUUAUUUGCAUCAAGAUGGUGGUUCACGUGUGGCUGCCGAACCUUUGGGGAAGCUUAAUGUUAAUCCUCAUCCUACAACUGAAGUGGUUAUGAAAUCAUUAAAUGCUUCAAUAAAAGAAAUCAAUAGAGUUGAUCAGGCAGAAGUUGAAGUUCGAGUGGCUGGUCCUGUUAUUGAUACAGAGUUGGCAUCUAAAGAGAGUGAUCAAUCUAAGGAGCAACAGGGAUGGAUGUUAAAGGAAACUGGGCAUUCCAAAUAUACUUGUGAUGACACUAAAGGGAAAGAACCUGCAGAUGAUGGCAACAUACAAGCGCAGGUUACAUUGCCCUCAACUGCAUCUUCAGGUGUGAAGUUGGAGCCUUCUAGAUUAGAAAAACAAGAGAAGGCUGCAAGUAGUAAAGGUUCAUCUACUGCUCGGAAAAGGAUGUAUGAUCCUGAUUUGUUUUUUAAAGUCAAUGGCAAGCUAUAUCAACGUCUUGGCAAGAUAGGUAGUGGUGGAAGCAGUGAGGUACACAAAGUGAUUUCAUCAGACUGUAGGAUCUAUGCACUUAAAAAGAUCAAGCUCAAGGGUCGCGAUUAUGCUACUGCAUGUGGGUUUUGUCAAGAGAUUGAAUAUCUAAAUAAGCUGAAGGGAAAGGAUAACAUCAUACAGCUUACAGAUUAUGAGGUGACUGACAAAGCUUUGCUUGAGGAAGUUAUGAAAGGAUCCUGCGGUAAUAAAGAUGGCCGGGUCAAGGAUGAUGGAUAUAUAUACAUGGUACUUGAAUAUGGGGAAAUUGAUUUGGCUCACAUGUUGUCUCAGAAGUGGAAGGAGCUGGAUGGAAACGACCAGACCAUAGAUGAGAACUGGCUUCGAUUUUAUUGGCAGCAAAUUCUUCUAGCUGUCAACACUAUUCACGAGGAACGAAUUGUGCACUCAGACUUGAAGCCAGCUAACUUCCUCCUUGUCAAAGGUUCCCUAAAACUGAUUGAUUUUGGUAUAGCAAAAGCAAUAAUGAACGAUACAACCAACAUCCAACGAGAUUCACAGGUGGGUACGCUAAGUUACAUGUCUCCAGAGGCAUUUAUGUGUAAUGAGACUGAUGCGAAUGGAAAUGUAAUUAAGUGUGGUCGGCCAUCAGAUAUCUGGUCCCUGGGCUGCAUCCUUUAUCAAAUGGUAUAUGGGAGAACACCUUUCUCUGAGUAUAAGACAUUUUGGGCCAAAUUCAAAGUUAUAACUGAUCCAAAUCAUGAAAUUACGUAUGAGCCAGUUUCAAACCCAUGGCUUAUGGAUCUUAUGAAGAGGUGUCUAGCAUGGGAUCGCAAUCAAAGGUGGAGAAUUCCCCAGCUACUCCAACAUCCUUUUCUUGUUCCUCCUGUACCAUCUUAUCCGUCUUUGUCCCAAGACCAUAGCUGUAAACUGCUACAACUCAUUGCUGAAACUUGUACAUAUGACCCGGAAGCAUCCCAACUCUGUACUCAGCUCCAGCAGCUUCUUGUUGAUCCAUUCAAGAUAACAUCUCCUCACUCACUAAAUUCACGAGAUCAACAACUAAAACUGCUCUCCCAAAUGUCAGAACUCUGUAUUCAGCUACAGGAUUGUUUGACAAAUACUGAAAACAACUAGGUGAGGAAGAAAGCUAGGGAGUUGAUCAGUGGGUGUAUAAUUUUUUUGGGCUAUUUGCAAUAUAUUUUCAACUUAAUUUUUUCACUCACUUUAUACCCUCUAUGGUUCUCAUUUUUCCAUUACAUCUCCCAUCCUAUUUAUCAUGUUUCCACCCUCCUCUGGCCCCUCCCGAAGUGUGAUUGAAAAAAUCUUUUGUACUUCUUCGAUCUAGUUGUAGUAAAUGUAAUAAUCGUCAUAGCAUUUUUCAUGGGUUAGCAGUUUACUGGGUGGCAUCGUGUGUAUUUCCCAUUAUUCAGAUGGAUUAUAAUGUGUAGCAAGUGAAUCAAUUUAGUACAGGUCUUGUAUAAAUUUUGUGAAGCUAGACAAGUGCCAGGUUCCAUUAAUGUUUUAAUGAGCAAAUUAUACGUCUAGAUUUUUUUAAAAUUUUAUGCAUAUAUCUUUUCAAGUUUUAGACAUUUGUUACUGCUAUAGAAGUGUAUGUAGUUAUACUGGGAUUUUUUAAAGCAAUUAGAGUUUAUUUGGGUCUGUGAAAAUAGCUUAUAGCUUGUGUAAGUAUAUUUUAACCUAUUUUUAAAAGCUUAUGUGAAUCUUAUUUAAAUAAGAUUUUUUUGUGAAAAGCUUACAAAAAGAUUGUGUUCAAUUUUCUUGAUUAUUUUUUUAUUUCCGCAUAAAUAAAAGUCCAUGAUUGUAAUUUCGUGGACUGAGGCAACAAGAGUAUUUUCAUCACAUCUAGGUAAGAUCAAAACAUUUUUCCUUUAAAAUAAAACUGCUUUAAUCUAGCACGCACAGACAAUAAUUAAAAUAAGAAAAAUAAAUCCCUCUUCUAAAACAGGCAGCACCUACUUUUUUUCCCCUUCUUACCCUUACUUUCCUCCUACUACGAGACAGUAAACACU